GUCUUCGCGCUUGUCAAACGUGUGGAUGUCAAUAAUGGUGUUUCUGUGAUUUUUGGAGUUUUAUUAAAUUUGUGUACGCAGAUUUACAUAAAAACAUUCAAAAUGAAUUUAAUGGCAGCAUUGGCCAUUGGAAUGGUCUUUGUGGGUUGUUGUUCCAACGUAGUGUUCCUCGAACUAGUGGUUAAAGAAGAUCCCGGCGCUGGAAACCUAGCAACAUUCCUACAAUUCGUAUUUAUAGCAACUAUUGGUUUCUGCACUGUUGGAAAGUUCGGUACUGCAAAGCGUAACAUACCUUUCAAACAGUAUUUGCUUUUAGUUGGAUUCUUUUGGUCAAGCAGCGUAGCUAACAACUAUGCGUUUGACUUCAAUAUAUCAAUGCCUUUACACAUGAUCUUUCGAGCCGGCUCUUUAAUGGCGAACAUGGCUAUGGGGGUAUGGAUAUUAAAGAAGCAGUAUCCCCCUUUGAAAUACCUGGCUGUGUUUAUGAUAUCUGCGGGAAUAGCAAUAUGCACAAUACAAUCUAGUGGCGAAGUCAAGGCGCCUAGGGAGACAAGCGACGACGAAGUGGAGGAAGCGCGUCUAAAGUUCAUAGAUUGGCUUUGGUGGUGUUUGGGAAUAGCCAUUCUAACUUUCGCCUUGUUCGUAUCAGCGAGAAUGGGUAUAUUCCAAGAAUCCUUAUACUCAGUGUACGGGAAACAUCCAUGGGAAGCGUUGUACUAUACGCAUUUGCUACCUCUUGUUUUCUGGUUACCAACAGCGCCCAACAUAUAUCAUCACAUAGAAUUAGCUACCAAGACCCCUGAUAUAGAGUUCUUGGGUAUCAUCUGGCCUAGACAGGUGUUAUGGCUUACAUUAUACAUAUUAACACAAGGCCUAUGUAUUAGUGCAGUGUACGUUUUGACCACUGAAUGUGCGUCACUGACUGUUACAUUAACAGUUACUUUAAGGAAGUUCGUGUCGCUGUUAUUCUCUAUUAUUUACUUUAGGAAUCCAUUCAAGUUAGGGCAUUGGAUAGGUACUCUGUUAGUGUUUAUUGGUACACUCAUAUUUACAGAGUUAUUGCAGAAAACUAUUGCACUGUUCUUGCCUACGAAAGAGGUUAAAAAGAAGGUGCAGUGAUUAUAUAUUAUUUGUAGUGAAAAAGAUUUAUUUAUAUUUGACAAGUUCAAACUGAGCCCUUGAUUCUUUUAACUUUUUGCUUGCUUCUUUUUUUUUCUCAUAUUAUUUUGUUGUGUAGUAAGGCAUUUGGAAUAUCUACUUAACAGCAUAUAGCUUGCUAAGGCCUCGUGUACUUUAAAAUAUACUUUGUGAAAUGAUCCAGAUCUAGUUAAUAAUAUUAUUUGUAUGAUCACGUUAAAACCCAAUGUACAAUGAAAAUAAUGCAUUCAAAUUUAACGCUUGAUCCUCUAUGUGUCCAUAGGGUAACUGAGGGCCUGAAGCAUGUAAUUAUAUGUAUAUUUAGUACUACCUUUUAAUGUACAUUAGGCGUUUAGCACUUUUCCCAUUGUAGUUUUCUGGGUUUUAGAAAGAUAGUGAAACAGGGUUAGUUUUGAAAACUAUCUUUUUUCUCUAUAGGUACAACAAAGGAAUUAGUAAUUCAGUUACAUUAUAAAGAAUGUUAUGCCUACUUUACAUUCCCUUUAAUACGCAAGUCUACUUAAGAUGUCACGUAGCUUCAUCGUGUUACAUUCCAAAUUCCUUUUUAUACAACACGAACAUUGAAGUCGGAACUUAAUUAGUAUCAGCGUUCCAGGAUUCAGUAUAAACUUGUCAUUUUUUAUCAUAGUAUAAUUAUUAAAAACCCAGUAUGUCAGAGCACAAUAAAUCUGAAGGCGUUAGUUAAAAAUAAUGUCUAAAGAAAUGAAAUUAAAAAAAUACAUUAUUUUGUCCUGCGGUAACUUAAAUCUUAUCCACCGAGAAAGAAAUAUAUUUGACAGACAGGCAUUUUUUUUACUGAUCACGGCUGUAAUAUUUUUGCCUUGCUAGUGGCAUCGUCUGCCAUGAUUUUUAUAUUAUUUGUACAAAACUACCGUACAUGGUAAUUUUUACUUGACAUUGGCAAAAUGAUCGAUUAUUUCGAUGGGGCCAUAACAUUUAAAAGAAGAUUUUUUUAAAUGUGACAUGCGCCGUUUCGACUAACGCAGGCAGAAUGCAGUUUAAAUUUCGUGUCAAGAAUAUAAAUUUUACAAUGACCGUAGUAAAACAAAUUAUGACAUUGACAUGAUUCUAAGUACAUAAUUAGUAAAAAAUUUUGUUAAAAAAAACUGAACGAUUUAUAAAUUGUUAUUUGAUAAUAAUUAACUUAAAUACUGAACGUCUUGAAGUUAAUUUAAUGAAAUUGUAUGGUUUAUAUAAUAAUAAUAAUAACGUAUUAAAAAAACACCUGGUCUCCGAGGAAGAAAUUCUCUGUACUAUAAAAUACCUACCAGAGCAAUGAUAUGAAUACCCGGGUUCUACCUAGAAAAACCAGAACCAAUUUAAAAACCAAUCUCCUCAUAUAGCGCGACAAGGCCACCGAGGUCGUCAAAGUGAAAGUUAGUUAUUAUAUUUAAAUAAUUUUUAACGUAGGGCUGUGGAUUUUCAACUACAAUUAUUAGAAGUCAUUUUAGCACCUGUAAUAUAAUAAAAACUAUUUUAAAAUCACUAUUGUUGAAUAAUGCUUGUUUAAUGUUUAAAUUAUCAUUUUAUUAUUAUAUAUCGAAUAAGAUAAAAAUUAUUUUAAAGCAAUGAUAUUUAUCGAAAUGAUAAGAUAACUUGUUCUUAUUUGUGACCUAAAUUUAUCAAUAUUAUUAAGAGUCUAUACUUCCACAUUUCGAAAUCAAAUUUUUGUUCAUUUUGCUU